AUGCGGGGAAGAGGUCCAGACAUGAGCACUCAGGCUGAAGAGGGAAUCCGAGCCAACUGCAAGUGCAAGUCGCCUACUUUAUUCUCUUCUUACUGUAUUGAAAGCAUUCUGAGCAGAAGUCCUCUCAAAGUCAGACUCCUCGGGAUGCAAAGUCUGACAGCAGCACUUCGGUCAGAGGAACGUCAAGCUGGGUCAAAUUUUCCUCCUCACACGGACCUGCACCUGCCAUCCAAACUGCGGCGCCCGUUGAGUCCCAGUCAGGGAGACGAGCUGGAGAGCGCACAAGGAGAUGAACCCAAACGCGCACAAGGAUAUAAACCAGAAAGCGCACAGAGAGCUGAAUCUAAGAGCGCACAGGGAGACGCGCUGGAGCUCAGAGCUGGUCUGAAUUCCUGCUACCCUGAACAAGCACUCAUCAGUUCCCUAAAGAGCAGCGUUGCUCAGGAUAAAGUAGAGGCGGAUAUGAGCGGAGCGCACGGGGACGCACGUGUCUCACCGGGACCUGAGGACGGACUGAGAGAGAAAAACGCAUGCACGAAGGACACCGAGGACGGUGUGUAUGUAUCACCGAGUAGUGAUGCUGAAGAUGGGACACAGAGACGUAAACAGAGGAGAUACAGAACAACAUUCACAAGCUAUCAGCUAGAUGAACUGGAGAGGGCUUUCCAUAAGACGCACUAUCCUGAUGUGUUUACGAGGGAGGAAUUAGCCAUGAGGCUCGAUCUGACAGAAGCGCGCGUUCAAGUCUGGUUCCAGAACCGACGUGCAAAAUGGAGAAAACGAGAAAAGACAGGGGUUCAAGCUCACCAUCUAGGUCUUCCAUUUCCUGGACCCAUCACUGCAGCACAGCCUCUAUGCCAUUAUCUGGGUGGGGGUGCAUUUAGCCCCAGCCUGCACCCAGGCAUCGAGUCAGGGUGGCCUGUUUCCCUCCACAGAUUUACCCAUCCCAUCCCAAACCCUGGACCUCCACACCGUAUCUGCUCUCUGCUUGGUGCAGCAAUGCUCAGACACCCUGCCCUUAUCAGCCCCUCCUUUGGCAGAUUCUUCACUCCACUGGCACUCCAAAGACUGCCUGUUCCCACCACAGAGAAUCCAAUUCUGCCUCCCCUUCACAUUCCUGAUCCCCCUUCGUCAUCUUCAUCUGGACUCUGUUCAUCUUCUGUGCCCGUGGAUCGUCGUGCAUCCAGCAUCGCGGCUCUGCGUCUCAAAGCCAAGGAGCACUCGGCUCACAUCGGCCAACUCAGCGUCCUCACAGCUAGCACGGCUGAAAAACAGGCCUGA